AUGCUGUACCUAAGAUGGCGAAUGCCGCCAGGACCAUUGCCUUGGCCUAUUGUUGGAAACACCUUUAGUCUACCGGAGGAAAAGCCUUGGUAUCUCAUGGAACAAUUAUCGAAACAGUACAAUUCGCCGCUCAUCACAUUCUGGAUCGGGCGACCCCGCAUGCUGAUGUUCGCUGAGCUUAUGUCUGGCCAAAUGAAUCUGCUGCACAAAUACACGUACACGAAAGAACAACGUGAAAAGUUUCGCGACCUCAGGAGAGUUACCCACCAGGGUGUUGGGAUACAGCAGAUAAAACGCCAUCGAAGCCUUCAAGACGACGAAAACAAGAUAGUAGUAUGUGACUUGCUCGAGACACCCGACAAAUUCGUAGCUCAUUUCGAGCGAUACGCUACGAGCGUUGUGUCGAUCAUCGGCUUCGGACGUCGGAUUGGAGACAUACAAGAUCCGUUGAUCACUGAAGUUAUCGCGCAGAUGCAGACCUCUGCUAAGAUGGCGGUCGUCGCCAAGGAUUUCCCGCGACUGAUGGAGACCUUUCCAUGGCUGGCCAAGUUUCCCAAUUGGAUGGCUCCUUGGAAGCGUGAUACUCGACGUUCAGCAAAGCCCAAAUACGGCCGCAAUGAUUUCUUCUAUGCUUUAGCCGAGGAGGCCAAACAAUGUCCAGAAGAGAACUACUCCAAGUAUCUCUUUCGCGAAGCACCUCACCUAAAUCUUCAUCCUCUCGAGAUUUCCAAUCUCGCCGCUAAUCUACUCGGUGCUGGAGCGGACACAUCGAGCAGCACUUUACAAACAGCGGUACUGGCAAUGCGUGCCUUCCCCGAGACCCUUGAACCCGCCUGGGAAGAGCUAGACCGUGUAGUGGGGCGAUCGCGAAGUCCGACGCUCGAAGACGAUCUUCCAUAUCUCCGCGCUUUCGUCAAAGAGGUCUUCCGCUGGCGUUCAGUGGCGAUUAUAGGAGGUACUGCUCAUGCACCCACUCAAGAUGACUAUUACAACGGCUACUAUAUAGCGAAGGGUACCUGGGUGCAGGGGAACGUCUGGGCAAUACAUCACAAUGAGCGCGAAUUCCCCGACCCCGAUCGCUUCAAUCCUAGGAGAUUCCUCGAUACGGAUGAUAAGAGGCCAUUUCCUGGUGAGAAGGGAUAUAUGACUUUCGGAUGGGGCAGAAGAAGCUGUGCUGGUCAAGCGUUGGCUGAGCAGGGUACGCACCUCAGUAUCGCACGAUUGGUGUGGGCGUACAAGGUGGAGCAAGAGGUGGACCCAAAGACGGGAGAGGAAGUGCCUGUUGACAUCUUCAAUUUCACGAGCGGAUCGAACUGGCGACCCCAGCCAUUCAAGGUCAAGUUCACACCCAGACACGAAGAGAUCAAGCAGACCGUUAUCCGAGAGGCGCAGCAAGCACGGCAAGAUUUGGCGAAGUAUGAUCGCGAAACCAAGUACAAGUUCAGCACGUUCUACGAGUAG